CAACUCGGUUUUCUUUAACAAGUAACAACAAGUUUACUAUUAACUAGUGUCUACUUUCCAUUAUCAUUUUACUUUCUAUGCUACUUCUUCAUGCUACUGCUGUCUAUAUUCUAUUUUUUGCAUUCAAAUAUCUAACACACUCCGAGAAAGAAAGUCAUAGAGUGAUGCAAAAAAACGACACAUCAUUUGAUCCGGUUCUUUCUGUUAAUUUUACGUUCUAUCUAUUCUGACAUAUUGAUUUAGAAAUUGUUUCCAAUAAAAAUUUUAUAAUUCAUCGUUCGUUUAGGAUUAAAAGAGAGAUAACAUCAAAGUCACAUAUCGAUUUCGUUUUUUAGUAGUAUCGAAACGUAGUAAAACGCGCUCUAUUCAAAUUGACUUGAUCAAUUUUCAAACAGCAUGCACUUAAAUGCAUACGUGCCUGCAUGCACAUACACUAGAAAGUAUUUGAAAGAAAAUUAACGAAUAUAUACACGUAUAUUGUGUGGGCAAAGUAUAAGCUAUAAGAAAAUACAAAUUUUACUAUUGGAAAAAAAAACAAUUUUUUGAAAAUAUAUAAUGUAACAAAAAUAUAGUAUAAGAUAAAGGAUAAAUAUGUAGUAACAAUUAUCUUACUGACCUAUUACUGAGAACUUGUAAAAGAAGGAGGGACAUCUCUCAAGAGGUAUAAAACAGUAAGCAGCAGAUUUGUACAUCAGUGUGUGCAGUUCCAUCUUAGUUAGUAAAGAACUAUACUUUUAAACUUUUUAUUCCAUAAUUAAUUCUUAUCAAGAUGCCAAAAACAAGAUUGUAUAGAAUAUUCACGUGUUCUAUCCUUAUGGUUCAUACAGCAGCAUCCACUGGCAAUUACUAUUUUAAACCGGAUGAUAGAUUUGAACCUAACAAACAUAUUUUCAAUGGAAGGUUUAUGCCUGGAGAUAACAUAAACCAAAAAAAUAUUAAUAAUUACGAUAUAGAAAAUCAAGAAAGGGAUUAUGCAUUUAAUGGCAGAAUAAAUAAAGCGAAUCUUGAAGUCAGUAAUUUACCUUUACUUACUCAUUCGACUGAUAAUAGAUUGCCAGGACAUAUGGACACAAAUUAUGAAAAUCAUAAUAACAAUUUGAAUCUUAUAAAAGAACAUCUACCUUAUCAUUUUCAAAAAUACUCUAGUAAUAGUAACAAUACAGAGUUUGAUUCUGGAAAAUACAGACAUCUAGAUUCAUCUCAAUAUUCAAAUGAUCACCAUCAGAAAGGAUCUUCUCAUACUGAUUUUAUAUCUGGAAGCUAUUCUACUGGAGUCCCAUCAUCGUAUGCUCCUAUAAGAUACGAACAAGGUUCUGACACAUCUAUGGUAGAUGAUACUUAUAUCAAUAAUGAUCAUCAACAAUUCUAUGGAAAACAAAGAGGUAAUACAUUUAAUUCCAAAGGAAAAUAUAAUUACGAAGAUGAUGCAUUAAAUAUAUUUUCACCUGAUAUAUUUUAUAUGCAAGAUCAUAAGAUCAAAGAUCAAAAUCAAGGUUUAAUUCAAAACCAAGACAUAUCUUUUGCUGAUUUACCAACCUCUGUAUCAAAUAAUUAUAAUUCUAACACACAUGGUAAAAAAAUUAAUUUUUAUAAGUUGGAAAGACCAGUUAAUUAUAGAGGAAUCAAAUACUCAUCCACUCAUCCUUCUAAGAGUAAUUUAAAUCAUAUAAUAAAGGGACAUAAGAAUAAUCAUCUUCCUAAUAGUUAUGCAAAAGAUAAUGGGAAAGCAAUAAUAAUUAAAAUUGGUGGCUCCAGUAUUUAUCCUAGAUAUGUUUAUUCUACAAGAUUUUAUCCUAAUACUAAAGGUGAUGUAAAUAGAGGUUAUAAAAAAAAACGUAAUAAUUUCUUAAAUAGGCCACGGAAUAAUCCAGUAUCUAUUCAUUCGCUAAAUUUCAGUCAUAAUAAUGACAAUAUUAACAAUAAUUAUGAUGAUUCUGAAUCUUCUGAAUUAUAUAAUAGAAAUACUGAAUAUACAGACAGUAUGAGAACAAAUGCAUUUGCUACGUAA